UUCCGUGGUGAAAUAUCGUCUGCAAAAUUGUCUCUUUCCUUUUUUGUGUAAUCUACCAGUACUUUGCUACACAUAAUUAGUCCUCGUUCCUUAGAGAGUUUGCGUGAAUUACAAGGAUGACCAAUCAAAUGUGGGCUAUAUGGAAAUCGAAACUUUGGAAUGCAUUGGACCGACAACGUCAGUCGCAUGUUGUCUUAGUCAAACCAAUCAAUCUUAAUGCAGACAAGGACGAUAAAGUCUUCAUCGAAGCCAAACAUUUGAAAGUGUACCGAACUAUUUGGACGUGGAUCGAUUUGAUGGCAUUUGUUGUGGGUCUGAGUGCAUUCAGAGAAGCGAAAAUCAAUGCAAGAAUGGUAUACACAGCAUCGAUGAUUUGCUUCGCCUUUGUUUGUCUUUUCUACACAAUAGUUGUCAUUUGGCCCAGUAUUCCAUUGUUGCUGGAAGUGAUCUGUAUAUACGGUGUAUUGAUACCGGUAUGUAUGGGAACGUUGAAGUUCAUAUUGAUUUUGAGGGACAUGAAACAAGUGGUCCCGAUGUAUAGAUUUUUCGAAAAUAUUCUCAUCAGCCACACAACUGGACGUCGAUCCGAUGAUCUUGUCAGGGAAAUGAACGAUGCAUACAAUAAAGUCAAGAUUUUUGUAGUCGUAUCUGUUCUCUGUUUCGCAGUAUUUGUACUGUACCCAAUACAUGCCUACAUUACCGAGGGUCAGCUGAUACCAAUUAUGCGCAUCGAAUUCCCUUUUGUAGAUCAAACAGUCAUAAAAGGUUAUCUAAUCGGACAGGCCUUUAUGUUGCUGUUCGGUGUUCUCGGGCUAGUCGGUAGCGUUGCAUUCGAUCUGGCGGUAUUGACAUUUUUAUUGGAAUUCAAAUCGUUGGUAACGCUGUUGGUGCACGAUUUGGAUGAUUAUGAAGAAUUUUCAAAGGAAAAUGAAACUUACUCGACACAAUACAAGGACAGUUUUCUAAAGAACAUUUGCAGAAAGUACAACGACAUUCACAGAUACCUGCGAUGCUUUCAAAGAAUGUUUGCCGACAUUACGUAUCAUUCAAUUUGCGCAUUGUAUGGUUCAUUGAUUUGUUCGGUCUAUGCUGCAUUAAAUAAUGGUUGGAUAUCUGGUUAUGGAUUUUGUCUCUUUUGCUUUGUUCAACUGUACGUUCAAUGUAUUUUGGGAACAUUUGUGCAUAUUCAAAACGACAGAAUGAGUCAAGCAUUUUAUUUGAUACCGUGGUAUGAGUAUCCCAUCAGAGUGCAAAAAAUCUUUUUGUUACUAAUACAUGCAUCGACGUUCAAUGCAGUCAAAUUGCGAAUCGGACCAUAUGCACCCCUUGACGUGCAAACUGGAUUAAUGAUAACAAAAAGUAUCUUCUCGUACUAUACUGCGAUUAGUAGUCUAACUUAACGAGAAAAUGACGAACAAGCAAAUCAAUUUUAUGUAGAGCUUUCAAUAAUCGCAAAUAAAGAAAUAUUCAC